CCAAUUGCUGUGAAAGAGCCAGCAGACAGUGUCAGGUGCGCUGAAUUAAUCGGCAAGUUAAUACUGGCCCGCCUGAUCUCAUUCGCCGCAAAAGUUGAGAGACACUGCCGCCGAGUUCGGACCACAACAAACCCCAUCCCUCAGAUUUUCCAACACUGUGCCCUGUCUCCGAGCAUGCGGCCCGCUCCGCCGCUUCGGCCGUCGAGUGUGUCGCGUGUCUUAAUUCGGCGACACGUUCCCAGCUCCCACCGACAUGUCUCUCAACAAGCAGCUCGCUCCGUUGCCGAGCUGCUCCAAUGGCGGCCUGCCCAAAAGGCCGAUGAUGUUGUCGUCCACGGCUUCGUGCGGUCUGUCCGGUCCAUGAAGACGCAUCGAUUUGUCUCGCUGGGCGACGGCUCAUCGCUGGCUCCGCUCCAAGCCCUCGUAGAGUCCAAGCAUGCCGAAGCCGAAGGCCUGACCGUUGGCGCGGCAGUCCGCCUCACCGGCUCCUGGGUGGCCUCGCCCGGAGCCGGCCAGAGUCACGAGCUGCACGUCGGCAAGGUUGAGGUCUUGGGCCCGUCCGACGCAAAGACGUUUCCCAUUCAAAAGAAAUAUCAGACACCCGAGUAUCUCCGCACCAUGCCGCACUUGCGGCCGAGAACUCCGGUCAACGCCGUCCUGCUGAGACUGCGUUCCGAAGCCAUCGCAUCCUUGACUCAGUUCUUUGCAGGGCGAUCCUUCACCCAGACGCACCCGCCCAUCAUCACGUCAUCGGACUGUGAGGGCGCCGGUGAGGUCUUCACCGUGACGCCGGCCAACAACACCCCCGACGCCGUUGACAACGGCAGCUCUCAGGAGCCAUUCUUUCGCUCCAAAAAGUAUCUCACUGUCUCAACUCAGCUCCAUCUCGAGGCUCUCGCCCAGGCCGUCGGCAACGUCUGGACCCUCUCGCCCGUCUUCCGCGCCGAGAGGAGCGACACGUCGAGGCACCUGAGCGAGUUCUACAUGCUCGAGGCCGAGAUGAGCUUUGUGGACCACCUCGGCCCCGUCAUGGACCUGGCCGAGGACAUGCUUCGGUCGCUGAGCACCAGCCUCGCCAAUUCGGCUACGGUCCAGGACCUUCUCUUCCGAUCCCGCAACAGCGGUUCCGAUCUGGCCCCGGCCGACGAGGUCAAGCGCCGGUGGGAGGGGCUGGCGCGGCAGGACUGGCCGCGGAUCACAUACUCGGACGCGGUCGCACUGCUGCUGCAGCGAGCCGAUCGCUUUACGCACAAGCCAAUCUGGGGUGCAGGGCUGCAGUCCGAACAUGAAAAGUACCUUGCCGAGCACAUCGGAGGCGGUGAGAAACCGGUCUUUGUCACGCACUAUCCCCGAGACAUCAAGGCCUUUUACAUGCGCGAGACCCAGCCCGCAGCCCCCGACGUACCCGGGGCGACCGUCGACUGCUUCGACUUGCUGGUGCCCGAGUUCUGCGAAAUUGCCGGCGGCUCCAUGCGCGAACACCGCUUGGAUCAUCUCCUGGACGUUAUGAGGCGACAGCGAAUCCAAAAAUCACCAUCCUCCGAGGGCGGUGCCGACCCUGACAAACCUUCUGUCAACGGUCUUGAAUGGUACGUUGACCUGCGCCGCUGGGGCUGCCCGCCGCACGGCGGAUUCGGCCUGGGCUUCGACCGGUUGCUUAGCUAUCUCGCUGGGGUUCAAACGGUCCGAGACAUGGUUUCAUUCCCACGCUGGUAUGGACGGUGUGACUGCUGAAGAGAGGUUUAGCCAAUCCAUGCGCGCACAAGCGCGAGAUCUCGAAAUCUCGCAAUCCUCCUAGAGACUUCAUCCCGUGCGACGUGAUGCUCUGAAGCUUUUCUGAUUUUUUUUCUGUCCACAACGUCGCUGGUUAGCCUUGAUCAAGUACCUUGAGUGUCGUACAGAAAAAUUACCAAACCGAUUUUUCAGGGGUUACCGCAGACAUGCUCGCGAUAGAUAUACAGCCUCCCUCUCUCGUUUGCCUUCUUCGCCGAGGGGCGACCGAU